AAACAGCUGAUUUCUGUUCAUGUCAUAAUUUUGAAUUUUUGCUUUCAGGUUAACUCUGAUAUUGGUGAAUAGUCUUAUAAUUGAAAAAUGUUGAAAAUAAUUGGUUAUUCUAAAGUUAUACUCAAUACUGGCGUUAUUUCCAGAAGUUUGUCAACCACUCCUGCAUUGUCAGAUCAACAUUGGCGAGAAGAGAAUGGUUUGCCCCUCAACCCAAACUCAUAUGGGCCGCUAACAAACCUACCCGAUUAUUCCUACGUUGAUGGACGACCUACACCAUUAGGGACAAACCAAAAGAAGCGAGUACAACACCAGCAGGAAAUUGCCAGAAAAAUGGUUUCUGCCCUUAAAGAGCUGGACUAUGCAAAACAGCGCUUUGUAGAUAUGAAAUCUAGCAAAGAGGCCGAAAAGAAGAGAAUCAUAGAUAAUAAGCUCAAGCCCAAAGGUCAUUUAUUGUUGAAAAAGAAUAAAUAAAAAAAUUGAUUUCAAAAGCCAA